AUGUCACAGAACAGAGACAACUUCCGGGCAAACCAGCCGCCCUCAAAGGUGCUACAUGUCCGCAACCUCCCGCCGGAGGCCAAGGAGGCGGAUGUGCUGGGGCUGUGCCGCCCUUUUGGCCGCAUGGUGCGCAUCAAGCUGACAGGUGCAGGCACCAUCAAGAAUCAGGCGUUUGUGGAGUUUGUUGACAUGCGCUCGGCCAUCCACAUGAUCAGCUACUUUGUGGGCAACGCCGACCCCCCCAGGGUGUGCCAGAAGACGGUCUACCUGCAGUACAGCACGCGCCAGGACAUCGGUGGCGGCAUGCUGGUCGCCGACAUCCCCCAGGCCGCCGCAGCAGGCCCUGUGCUGCUGGUCAAGCUCGACUGCGCCAACGCGUUGGUGCAGUUUGCAGAGGAGACCGCCGCGGCAGAGGCCCAGAAGGGCCUCGACAACGCCCAGAUCCCCUCCUACAUGACACCCUCGAGCCCCGCGCCAGUGACCAUGAAAGUGUCCAUCAGCCACCAUGCCGACCUGGCUCUGCGCGCGCAGAGCGAGCGCGCCAGGUGCGCUGACAGCGCUGCGCUGCCCCUGCGCGUGCCGGCCAGCGCCUGA